AUGCCGCAGUCAAAACUUCCCAGCUUCCUUCUGGCCACGUGGUUGCUCGGCACGAUCGCAACUAAAUCGAGAGUGAGCGACUUUUUGCAGAGCUUGCAAGAGUACGAGAUCGUUUAUCCUCGAGUGAUUUCCAAUGGAAACGCGCGGAACAAGAGAUCGACCGAGGAGCAAGAAACUUUGUCCGACGAACUUGAGGAGCCGGUAUUCCUCGAGAUCAGUAACUGGACGAUGAAGACGGUGGCGAACGAUAGAUUGAUACUGUCGUCCAGUUUCACGGUGAAUUGGGUGCACUCGAGUCAAAUGAAAUCUGAUAUAUACGACACGAAGGUGGACUGCAACCUUCGGCAAGGCAGCUUAGAAGGUGACGCGCGUUCCUUGGUCGUGGUGACGCUUUGUAAAGAAGAAGUGUACGCUUUGAUGGUGACAGAGCAAAAGUCGUUUUUCGUCCAGCCUUUAAUGGAUGGUCAACACGUGAUGUACCAGUCCAAGUAUGCUAGGUGGUGGUCGUCUACGGAAAAUCCUGAUGUUGUGACCCUUAGCCGAGAGAAUCCUACAGGAGAGGGAAACAAGUCCAAACGAAGAAGGCGAAAUUCUCUAAACCAUAAUGUUCAAGAAUUUUACAAUCUUUCCGGUGACGUCUUUGACGUAGAGUAUCCAGAAGCUGAGAAGCUGAUUCUAUAUGACGACAAAGACCAAAUACCUGCAGAGUACAACGAUACGAUAGUGGAGAAAUUGUCGAUUGACAUAAAUUUGGGAGAAAUGGGUUACUUUUCUGGUCCUACGUGGCAAAGGAACAAAGUACCAAAAAAAAGACCUGCUGUUAAAGAAUCACCACCGCGGUGGCUGGAGCUUGGAGUAGCUGCUGAUUAUUCUGUCAUAGAUUUUCAUGGUAUUCGCGUGCAGCAAUAUAUUUUGGCGCUUUUAAAUAUCGUUAGUGCAAUUUAUAUGGAUCCAUCUCUUGAAUCAAAUAUGAUCCUGGUGAUUGUACGGCUGAUUUUAUACGCGGAAAAAAGAGAUUGCAUGGUUCGUCGCGGAGACGCUCGGCGGUCUCUCGAAAAUGUGAACAAAUGGAACAGAAAGCUGUUGUCUUCGACGGACGUGAAUUACGAUGUUGCAGUAUGGCUGACGCGGUUAGAUAUAGGAGGACCUUCUGGGUACGCACCUGUAUCCGGAGUAUGCGAUCCGGCGAGGUCAUGUGCCUUAAAUCGAGACGAGGGCCUGACCAGCGCUUUUAUCAUAGCGCACGAAGUUGCACAUAUCCUAGGUCUGACUCACGACGGAGACGAGUCGACCGGAAACGCUUGCAAAGAAGAAGCUUCUCGAGGAAGCGUGAUGGCGCCUAUGGUGGCCGCAACGUUUCAUCAUUUCUAUUGGUCCGCCUGCUCAAAGAAGGAGUUCCAUCGAAGAGUAAGACGGUGGUCCUGUUUGUUGAACAAGCCAAGGCACGAUGAUUCCUCUCAGCUGAAAGCUACCGUACGCGAAACUUUCACUAUGGACGAACAGUGUCGCAUGGAGUUUGGCGACGGUUACGAAUCGUGUAGAACUUUCGACGUUGUGGAACCGUGCUCUCGCUUAUGGUGUGGUAAUAGCAAUGUUUCGCAGUCGUGCAAAACCAAAAAGGGACCGCCUUUAGAAGGCACGUUAUGUGGUAUUUCGAAGUGGUGCAUAAGCGGUCGAUGUCAGUCAACGAGUAGAAAGAACUUCGAUUUCGGUAUAAUACUGAACAAACCUAGAGAUGGUGGUUGGAGUGCAUGGAGUGCUUGGGACAAGUGUUCGAGGACAUGUGGAAUAGGAGUACAAUGUCGAGCACGAAGAUGUAACAGACCUGUACCUGCGUAUGGCGGGAAGUAUUGUUCAGGUUCCAGCGACGAUUGCAGACUCUGCGAUUUACCGAAGUGCCUAGUACCGGUCGAUUUUAGAGCUCAACAAUGUUCCAAAGUCGCGAAUAUCUUGUAUCUGGAAAGAGGUCAGUCGAAAAACGACAUGACCUGGCUACCGUACGUGUCCGAUCAGGAGAACUUGAAAUGUCGAUUGGUCUGCAGAAGUAAAGAGACGGGAGAGAUAUUUUACACCAGGAAACAUUUGACCGAUGGAACGCCGUGCUCUUACGGAUCGACUGAUAUUUGUAUACAGGGAGAGUGCCAUCAAAUGGGAUGCGACAACGUUUUAGGAUCGAAGAAGGUAUUCGACGCGUGUGGAGUGUGCGACGGAGACAAUUCGAACUGCGAGAAUGUGAUCAGCAAGUUUCAGCGGAAGCUUCGACGAGAAGUAACCCGCGUGGCCAUAAUACCACGCGAAACUCACAACUUGUUCAUGAAUAUCACAAUGCUGGCUCCUGCAUUUUUCCAUCCGGAAAAUUUAACAAUCGUAAUAGGGGACGGCAGAAGAAGACGGAACGUGCAAGACAAUUUAACUUUGCACAAGCGGGAUUUAACGAUCGUUCAAGGUGCCGCCUUUCGAGUUCAGAAGCGUGAUACUAACACGUAUUGCAUUGAAUCAGAUGGCACAGCAAUUGAAGACGUCGUGAUUUUACUCGUAAUACCGGAAGACGUAAUAGAGCAAGAAAUCUCGGCCGAAGUUUCCUUGCGAUACUUUUUAAAUCGCGAUGAAAAGCAUACCAAGGAUAGAUACUUGUGGUUAUUCGGGGGUUGGAGCUUUUGCUCGGCCAGUUGCGGCGGUGGAACCCGUCAAAAGAUGAUAGUCUGUAAAGACGACAAAAGUGGAAAAAUAGUGUCGCGAAGGAAAUGCCCGUUGACAACGAAACCGAAUCAGGAGAUAGAAAAAUGCAACACAUUUAGCUGCACUUUUAAAUGGCUACCAGGUCCAUGGGAAACAUGUUCAGUUACAUGUGGAAAAUUUGGUAUGCAACUACGACAAGUUUAUUGUGUUCAUUCAGAGUUUAAUGGGACCGAAGUCAAUAGAAAUAACGAACUGGAAGUCUAUCAAACGAUGGUGCAGCCAUCGAUAUGCCAAUCCAGUCCAAUGCCUAUAAAUAGUAGAGAAUGCAACAGACAUCCGUGCCCUGGACGUUGGAUUUUUACAGAUUGGUCCUCGUGUUCGAAGAACAACGGAAAAGGUAUACAAUCCCGAAUAGCUCGUUGCAUUCCACCGGAAAACGAGUCGUUCUACAGCUGCGAUGGGCCAACCGUGAAGACAGAAAUACGUUCUUGUAACGAACACGUGACCAGAGCCAUCGAAUUUCCAUACCGUUGUUGGAAAGACAAGAAUCGAUUCUGUUCUAUACCAAGCUUAAAACGUUAUUGCGACGUGCCAGCAUUUAGACGAAGAUGUUGUCGUUCUUGCGAGAAAAACGAACCCUCAAAUUUGUCGAACACUCUCGAUCGAAGACAUCACCUGCUACGGACUUAA